UUGAGCACUGAGGAAUCUAUUAAAAUGAUUACAUUUUAAAAGAUUUAUUUAUAUAUUUAAAAGGCAGUGUUAGAAUGAGAGACUGAUCUUCCUUCUGGUUUGUUCUCCAAAAUGACUGUAAUGACUGGGGCUAGACCAGGCUGAUCUUGUAAGAUAGGAGCUUCUUCCAGAUAUCACAUGGGUUCAGGGGCCCAAGCAUUUGGGCAAGCCUUUGCUGCUUUCCCAUACACAUUAGCAGGGAGCUGGAUAAGUUUGGAACAUCAAUAUCUAUGACAUCUUCCUUGCAGUACAAGGAUAUAGAGCCCAUCUGGCACAAUUAACAUCCUAUUUAUGGGUGGGCCAAGUAUAACAGCUUCCAACUCUCAAGGUUUGGACUAGAUGGGUUCUGAGGAAUUGUGAUAUAAUAGAUGCUAAUUCAUAACUCUUGGUUUAAGCUUUUGUUAGCAGAUAAUGCUGUGACUACUUUGGGUCUCUGGAUUGUCACCAGUGAAGGCAUCCAGAUUAAUAGUAAUGAGAUCAACAGUCAGCAAAAUGGUGUCCAGCUGAACUUAAAUGGUUUUUCUUUUUUAUCAUUAGAAUAGUGACCUCCUGCUAUACCCUGGCAUCUGGACAUAGACAGCAGACAUUGGAAGCCAUCCCCUUUGCCAAAUGGAGUAUGCCAAGUUUGGGUCCAUCAUCUAUUAAGGAGGUCUUAGUAGCCAUUCUCAUGUUUUACUGUUCUAUAUCCAUGGCCAAAGUCCUACUAGAUAACAAGGUUUGGAGAAUCACAGGCUCAAGGUGAUGACAGCAUUUGAAGACCUGGCUGUGUACUUUACGUGGGAGGAAUGGCAGAACAUGAACAAUGCUCAGAAGAUCCUGUACAGAGAUGUGAUGCUGGAGACCUACAGCAGCCUGUUCUCCUUGGGGCACUGCAUUACCAAACCUGACUUGAUCUUCAAGUUGGAGCGAGGAGAAGAGCCAUGGAUGGUGGAUGAAUGCUUGAAUCAGAGCCUUUCAGUGGUCAUGAAAAGGGAUGACCUGAUUAGGAUCAACCAGGAAAGUCAGGACAAAAAUCUGAAUCAGGAUUUUAUGAAAAAUAACAAGACAUCAGCUCUCAAGAGAAUUGAAUUAAGAAAAACACUUAGUUUAAAUUCAAGCCAUGUUCCAACACUGAUUAUUCAAAAGGGAAUCUAUUCAGGAUUGAAGCCUGAGGAAUGGAAUAAAUGUCACACUGUGUAUCCCCCCAGUGGGCCUGGUCAACUACAGGCUGGAGAGAAAUUUGAUAACACUAAGAUACCUGGAAAAUCUCUCCAGUUCUGUGAGCCUCUUAGUCAGCUUGACAAUAUUCACAUGAUGAAGCAGACAUUUGGACCCACUGGACAAGCAAAAGUCUUCACAAGAAAGAUGUUCUAUAAAUCUGAGAGGGUUCAUAUGGCAGAAAACUGUAAUAAGUCAACUGUCACUUUUGGAAAAGCAACGCAAAUAGAUAAAGCUAUCCAUGAAAAUUCUAGCCUCAAUAUGCAUCAACAAACUCACACAAGAAAGAAAUUUUAUAAGUACAUUAUGUAUGUUGAACCUCUCAUUCACCAGUCACAUCUUGCAAUAAACCAGAGACUAAAUACAAGGGAAAAAUUUUACACAUGUAAACCUUGUGGAAAAUCACUCAGUUUUAAUUCACCUUCUGAAAGUAAUGACUGUGGAAAAGCCUUUGGACAAAAGUCAGUCCUCAGGAAACAACAGAAAGUUCACAGAGGGGAGAAACCUCAUGAAUGUAGUGACUGUGGAAAAGCCUUUACACAAAAGUCAUACCUCAUAAACCAUCAGCGAAUUCACACAGGAGAGAAACUUCAUAAAUGCCUUCACUGUGGAAAAGGCUUUUUGUGGAAGUCAGACCUCAUAGUACACCAGAGAAUUCACACAGGGGAGAAACCUCAUAAAUGUAAUGACUGUGGAAAAGCCUUUGGACGAAAGUCAGACCUCAUCAUACACCAACGAAUUCACACAGGGGAGAAACCUCAUACAUGUAAUGACUGUGGAAAAGCCUUUGGACGAAAGUCAGACCUCAUCAUACACCAGCAAAUUCACACAGGGGAGAAACCUCAUAAAUGUAAUGACUGUGGAAGAGCCUUUGGAAAAAAGUCAAACCUCCUCAUACAUCAGCAAAUUCACACAGGGGAGAAACCUCAUACAUGUAAUGACUGUGGAAAAGCCUUUGGACGAAAGUCAGUCCUCAUCAUACACCAGCAAAUUCACACAGGGGAGAAACCUCAUAAAUGUAAUGACUGUGGAAAAGCCUUUGGACACAAGUCAGGCCUCAGGAAACAUGAACGAAUUCACACCGGAGAGAAACCUCAUAAAUGUAAUGACUGUGGAAAAGCCUUUGGACAAAAGUCACACCUCAUCAUCCACCAGCAAAUUCACACAGGGGAGAAACCUCAUAGAUGUAAUGACUGUGGAAAAGCCUUUGGAACAAAGUCAAACCUCAUCAUACACCAACGAAUUCACACAGGGGAGAAACCUCAUACAUGUAAUGACUGUGGAAAAGCCUUUGGACGAAAGUCAGACCUCAUCAUACACCAGCAAAUUCACACAGGGGAGAAACCUCAUAAAUGUAAUGACUGUGGAAAAGCCUUUGGACAAAAGUCAGGCCUCCUCAUACAUCAGCGAAUUCACACAGGGGAGAAACCUCAUAAAUGUAAUGACUGUGGAAGAGCCUUUGGAAAAAAGUCAAACCUCCUCAUACAUCAGCAAAUUCACACAGGGCAGAAACCUCAUACAUGUAAUGACUGUGGAAAAGCCUUUGGACACAAGUCAGGCCUCAGGAAACAUCAGCGAAUUCACACAGGAGAGAAACCUCAUAAAUGUAAUGACUGUGGAAAAGCCUUUGGACAAAAUUCACACCUCAUCAUACACCAACGAAUUCACACAGGGGAGAAACCUCAUACAUGUAAUGACUGUGGAAAAGCCUUUGGACGAAAGUCAAUCCUCAUCAUACACCAACGAAUUCACACAGGGGAGAAACCUCAUAAAUGUAAUGACUGUGGAAAAGCCUUUGGACACAAGUCAGGCCUCAGGAAACAUCAGCGAAUUCACACCGGAGAGAAACCUCAUAGAUGUAAUGACUGUGGAAAAGCCUUUGGAACAAAGUCAAACCUCGUAAUACACCACCGAAUUCACACAGGGGAGAAACCUCAUACAUGUAAUGACUGUGGAAAAGCCUUUGGACGAAAGUCAGACCUCAUCAUCCACCAGGAAAUUCACACAGGGGAGAAACCUCAUACAUGUAAUGACUGUGGAAAAGCCUUUGGACAAAAGUCAGCCCUCCUCAUACAUCAGCGAAUUCACACAGGGGAGAAACCUCAUAAAUGUAAUGACUGUGGAAGAGCCUUUGGAAAAAAGUCAAACCUCCUCAUACAUCAGAGAAUUCACACAGGGCAGAAACCUCAUACAUGUAAUGACUGUGGAAAAGCCUUUGGACGAAAGUCAAUCCUCAUCAUACACCAGCAAAUUCACACAGGGGAGAAACCUCAUAAAUGUAAUGACUGUGGAAAAGCCUUUGGACACAAGUCAGGCCUCAGGAAACAUCAGCGAAUUCACACCGGAGAGAAACCUCAUAGAUGUAAUGACUGUGGAAAAGCCUUUGGACAAAAGUCACACCUCAUCAUCCACCAGCAAAUUCACACAGGGGAGAAACCUCAUAGAUGUAAUGACUGUGGAAAAGCCUUUGGACACAAGUCAGGCCUCAGGAAACAUCAGCGAAUUCACACAGGGGAGAAACCUCAUAAAUGUAAUGACUGUGGAAGAGCCUUUGGAAAAAAGUCAGCCCUCCUCAUACAUCAGCGAAUUCACACAGGGGAGAAACCUCAUACAUGUAAUGACUGUGGAAAAGCCUUUGGACAAAAGACAAACCUCAUAUCACAGCAGAGAAUUCACACAGGGUAUAAAACUCAUGAUUGUAAUAACUGUGGAGAGCAAUUAGCUGUAAGUCAACCUUCAUCAUGCAUCAGAGAAUUCACACAGGGCAGAAACCUCAUAAAUGUAAUGACUGUGGAAAAGCCUUUGGACGAAAGUCAGACCUCAUCAUACACCAGCAAAUUCACACAGGGCAGAAACCUCAUAAAUGUAAUGACUGUGGAAAAGCCUUUGGACACAACUCAGGCCUCAUGAUACAUCAGCGAAUUCACACAGGGGAGAAACCUUAUGAAUGUAAUGACUGUGGAAAAGCCUUUGGACAAAAGACAAACCUCAUAUCACAGCAGAGAAUUCACACAGGGUAUAAAACUCAUGAUUGUAAUAACUGUGGAGAGCAAUUAGCCGUAAGUCAACCUUCAUCAUGCAUCAGAGAAUUCACACAGGGCAGAAACCUUAUGAAUGUAAUGACUGGAAAAGCCUUUGGACAAAAGUCACACCUCAUAAUGCACCAGAGAAUGCACACAGUAUUGAAACUUCAUGAGUGUAAUGACUGGAAAAACUUAAGUUCCAACUCCAAAUGCAUCAGAGGAUUCACACAGGGAAAUAACCUUAUAAAUGUAAUGACUGCAGAAAAGCCUUUUUCUAUAAGUUAUACUCAUAUCAAAACAAUUCACACAGGGCAGAAACCUUGUGAAUCUAAUAAGUGUGGAAAAGCCUUUAUAAAUCAUAUGUUAUAAAUCAUAGUUCAUAUCACACCAGAGAAUUCACACUGGGGAGAAACUUUAUGAAUGCAAUGACUGUAGAAAAGCCCUUGGCAAUAAGUCACAUCUCAGAAUGCAUCAGAAAAUGCACAGGAAGAGAAACCUUUUGGACAUAAUGACUUGGAAAGCUUUUUCCCAUAAUUCAGCCCUCAUUGCACAUCAUCUAAUUCAUAUGGGGGAAAACACUUUGGAUAUAAUGCAUAUGGAAAAGCCUUUAUCCAUAAGUAACACCUCAUAAAACAUCAGAAUUCACAUGGAGGAGAAACCUUAUGAAUGGAAUGAAUGUUGGAAAACUCUGCCAAAAUCACACAAUAUAACAUCAGAGAGUUUAUUACAUGGUGGAAAUCUUGUAAUAAAUGUGGGAAAGCCUUUUGUCAGAAGGAAUACCUCAUAACAUGUAGAUCAAACAAGGGAGAGAACCUAAGAAUAUAAUGAAUGUGAAGGACUUUUUGCAAAAUCAACAUAACCAUGUGACAGAGCCUUUUGCUGGAAAUUACAUCCUAUACAAUAGGCACUCCCAUAAGGAAGAAAGGUUGAGACCAGCGCUGUGGCACAGUAGGUUAAAGCCCUGGCCUGAAAUGCUGGCAUACCAUGUGGGCACUGGUUUUAGUCCCAGUUGCUCCUCUUCUGAUCCAGCUCUCUGCUAUGGCCUGGGAAAGCAGUAGAAGAUGGCCCUGCACCCACAUGGGAGACCCAGAAGAAGCUCCUGACUCCUGGCUUUGGAUCCCUUCAGCUCCAGCCAUUGCAUCCAUCUGGGGAGUGAACUAGCAGAUGGAAGACCUCUUUCUGCUUCUCUGUCUCUAACUCUGUCUUUCAAAUAAAUAACGUAAAUUGUUAAAAAAAAUUAAGAAGUUCAGAAAUAUUAUUAGUGUGACAAAAAGCCAUUUGUCAGAAAUGGCAUUAUACAUCAGAAAAUUCACACAAGGGGUUUCUUAGGAGUGUAAUGAAUGUGGAAGUAUAUUUUCAUAGAAUUCUGCCUUGCAUAAAUAUGCAACUCAAAAAAGGUGAUAUCCUUCAAGUGCAAUAGACCUCAAAAAACCAUAGCCAGAAAUUAAACAUCAGGCCGGCGCCGUGGAGCAAUAGGUUAAUCCUCCACCUGCUAUACUGGCAUCCCAUAUGGGUGCAAGUUCUAGUCCCAGCUGCCCCUCUUCAAUCCAGCUCUCUACUGUGGCCUGGGAAAGUAGUAGAAGACAGCCCAAUUGCUUGGGCCUCUGCACCCACACGGAAGAUCAGGAAGAAGCACCUGGCUCCUGGCUUCAGAUAAGUGCAGCUCUGGCCACUGUGGCCAUUUGAGGAGUGAACCAACAGAAGGAAGACUUUUAUCUCUGUCUCUCUCACUGUCUGUAACUCUACCUGUCAAAUAAAUAAAAAUCUUAAAAAAAAAGAACGCAAAUUCGUGAAGCAUUCCAUAUUUUUUUCUUUUUUCUUUUCGUUUUUUUUUUUUU